AUGCCUCGCCUUUACAUUGGCCAAAUUCACGAUAGCUGGGUGAUUCCCACUAUUUGUGCCGUCUACGGCGCCUUGGUCAUCUUCACUGCCUUCCUGAUCGCCAAAUACAUCUCCUACUGGCGAAAGGAGGCUCUGAAGAAGCUACCAGACUUCUUCGAAGACUCAGGGAACCCAGUCCUCCGAGGCACAUUGACUGCACUUCUCAUCCUCAUACCAGCGCUUCUAUGGCCAGCUGUCUUGGCAAUCAGCCUCACCAUCAUAGUCAUCGUGUGGGCUACCACUGUCAUUGAAGACUGUCGUGGAAGCAGGACGACCCCACGUCGAAACGCAAGGAAAGUCGUAGAUUUGGAGCAGGGUAUCCGCCACUCCCCGGACGGCGACCACCGGCAGGACGCAAACGAACAAGAUGAUCACUUAGGCGGGCUGUCCACUCUAAGCCCAGUCACUACAGCAAUCUCUGAGCCUCCGCCAGUGUACACGCCAUAUCCAACCGCACAUACCCCUCGUCAGAAUCAAUGGCGGUGA